AUGACCAAACAUUUGAAUGAACAACAAUUAGAUGAAAGUGAACGUAUUGGUUUGACUUAUGGUGCUCGAGGAGCUGCUAUUGGUUUUGGUCUUGGUGCUAUUGCCACUAUGAUUGCUUUGAAACGUUCUCCUAAUUUUCAAGCCUUAUCUACUCCUCUAAAAUCUUCCAUGAUGGUAGCUGGUGCUGCAUCUGGGUUUUUGUUUGGAGCGGAUCGAGCUAUCACUAGUUAUGAAAAUAGAGAACUUGGUUAUAUGGAUGAAGAAAUGUAUUUGAAUUUACAAAAAGCUAGAUUUGAUAAACAACCUGUUGGAUCGUUUGAUCGUGCUUUGAUUUACUUGAAUGAAAACCGUUGGAGUGUGAUUGGUUGUACUUGGGCUCUUUCUAUGGUAGCAGCUUUAGGAUUUUCAUUUUCCAAUCGUUAUCUCAGCACACAACAAAAAUUGGUUCAAGCUCGUAUGUAUGCACAAGCAGCUACUAUUGGUGUCUUGAUGGCUUCUGCUGGUCUCUCGAUCUAUUUGGGUGAAGAUGAAGAAGAAAGACGUAAACAACGUAAUGCUCCAGAUGCUCAACUUUUAGCCGUACUUCAGUUACCUGAUGAUCGUGUGAAUGAACAUAAAGCUGUACACUGAGGGAUAAGUAAUUGGAAGUUGAAUGGGAUCAUUAUUAGAGUGAGUUAGUUAGUUAGUUAGUUGAAGAUUUCCCCUUUUUGUUUUGUAAAUAUAGACUCUUUUUUUUUUUUCUCUUUUCGUUUUUUAUUUGUUUGAAUUUUUUUUCUUUCCACCCUUCUCAUUUUGUUUGAAAAUAAAAAAUAUGCUUGUUUAUUAUGACUUUUUGAAAAACUGCUCUCUUUUUUUCCAUAGAGAUGAUGUGGUAUAUAUGAUUAUUUGAUCCAUGCUUUUUUUGACUAGGGUUUUUUUUUGAUUUUAAUAGUUCACAUAGCCCUUGCGUAUCCACGGAAUCUUGACGUUUUAUCAGCUCCGUCCUUGGUGAAGUUUUGGGACUGCCUCAAGUAAUGAUUCAAUAUAUGAUCUAAAAAGAAAUCAUCAAAUUUGACUGUAAUCUUUUGCUUUUCCUUAG